ACGAAGAAAUGUAUGUUUCACAUUACAACCACCUUCACGCAAGCUUUCCGUCGAUCAGAACGAUCCUACACAGCAAGUCUAAUAACUUGCGAAUCUCGACAAAUCGCAUGAAUGUGCGUGCGAUCUUACUAUCAGCAAGAAAAAUCCCCAUCCGCGUUCGAGUUCCUCUUGUUAUACUGGCUGGACGCCAUUCACAUUCAGUUGAUCUUAAACUUCGAGUGCGUGCAGUUGUGUGGGAAAGAAGUUACAAUGGUUUCGGUCCGUUUCUUCUCGCUGAUCGUCGCGUAUAUCGCCAUUGGAGGUUUCGCGGCGGAUGCUACACAAAUCGUAUGUAGCAACACGGACCAACGAUGUGUGCCGAUUCGACACUGUUCACCGGUGAACGUGCGUGUCCGAAAUAACGAGCAUAAAACAGAUGUUACCUUUUUGAACAAGCUCAGAAGCAUGAUCUGUCGGUCCGAAGACUUGCAGGACAAUAGGACUUACAUAUGCUGCCCGAGGUCCAACAUCGAAUGCCAUCUGAAUGGGAAACCGGGUGCCUGUGUACAGCGUGAACGAUGUCCGAAACUAAUGUCGACCACAGAGGAAAUGCUGAUGCGUUCCAGCGAAAAGAAUCUUUGCUACGUACACAAAAAAAAGAAAUAUUUCUGCUGUACAGAUGGUGACUGUACCUCGAACAAAAAGUUGUGUGAUCAGGAAGGACCCACAGCAUCAACCACAUCUGCAUUUCCCGACUGUAGAAGCAGCGGUGCGGCGGGAUCUUUAGUACCGCGAAUGCUUUGCAGCGAUUAUCCAGCCGGGUCCAGACGGCCAGUAAGGAACACCGAUAACGAUCGAGUUUGUUGCGCACCACCGAGCCCCGAUCGCUUAAUUUCGCACCGCAAGGCCAGAAAACUGGAUCAAACGUUGUGCGGUACAACGGCGUUAGUUGAUAAAAUUCAACACGGUGAGAACGCAAAGUACAUGGAAUUUCCGUGGAUGGCGAAGCUGGUUUACAAGUUAAAACCCAAGACUUGUAGUGGUACGUUGAUUCAUCCACGGUACGUACUCACUGCUGAGCACUGUAUCAAAUCGGAUAUCGAAAAAGUUCUGCUCGGCGUACACGAUUCGCGGUACAUGUCGAAGGAAGUGCAGGAGAUUAAAAUCAUGAGUCCUUUUAAAAAUAAGUUAUACGACGUAGGACUGUUGCGAUUGGCUAAAUCGGCCACAGUGGAUGGUGAUUUCGUGCAGACGAUCUGUUUGCCGAUUUUCUCGCGUCUCCGGAUGUAUUUGCCCCCCAAGCUUAUCAUUAGUGGGUGGGGAAACACGGAGAAAAAUAGAGCGUCGCACGUACUGCUGAAAGCGGACACAAUGGUGCUGAGACAAAAUGAUAAAGAUUGCAACAAGGACCAUACCAUCUGUGCCGGUGGAGUGAAUCACAGCAAUCACUGUCCUGGAGAUUCCGGCGGACCGUACCAGGCACUCAGUACAUUCGGAGAACAUCAUGGAAGACGCGUUGUGCAGUAUGGCAUCAUAAGUGAAGGACCGGCCUACUGCUCCGAUCCAGACCGUCCGAGCAAAGGUUUACUAGUGGGUUACGUCCUGGAUUGGAUCCUUGACCACAUGGACAUAUAAACUGAUGAGUAGUGUGAAGUGGUGACAAACCGGUACAGGUCAUACAAUGUCGGGUUAAAAUACUCAUAGUUUUAUACGUAUUGCAACAAGACACUCUAUGUUGAACGCAGAAUAACAAUGUUAACGCCCCAUAGUGGGAAUAAUAAACUUCACUCCAAGUCUCUGGAGAU